CUGAUUGACGAAAGCAUAAAAAGCCUCAUCCGCCAAACACCACGCAACAUAUUUUUUUUACUGUUCUAGUACUACAUUAGCAUAGUUUGUUGUUUUUUUUUUAUUCGAAAAAAGCACGGUGACAACAACGUGUUUGUGAAUCAUUCCCCUCGUCGUGAUUCGUUGCAACAAUCUAUAGAAAUGGUCAAACUUGAGGAAUCCAAAAUCAUCGACAUAGGCCGGGUAUUGAACGACAAAAAGCGCCCACUGAAGGAACGGUUCCGGGCCCUGUUCAGCUUGAAGAACAUUGGCGGUCCCAAGGCACUAGAGUGUAUUGAAUCUUGUUUCAUUGAUGAUUCCGCUCUACUCAAACAUGAACUGGCCUACUGUUUGGGGCAAAUGCAGGACCGAGCCGCUAUUCCGAUUCUGGUGAAAGUUUUGGAGGAUGCAUCACAGGAACCAAUGGUACGACAUGAAGCUGCGGAAGCUCUUGGAGCUAUCGGAUCGAACGACGUUGAAGAUAUUUUGGUAAAAUUUUCAUCAGAUUCGAUAAUUGAGGUUGCUGAAACCUGUGAAAUUGCCCUUAGUCGAAUACGGUGGCUUCAGAAUAAAGAAGCAGAGCUCGUAGACAACAAUCCAUAUGCAUCGGUUGACCCGACACCUCCAGCUAGCUGUACGAACAUUGCCGAACUUCAAAAAAUUCUGAUGAACGAGAGCGAAUCUCUAUUCAAUCGAUACCGUGCGAUGUUCAGUCUACGUAAUCUGCGUACCAAGGAAUCCGUUCUUGCACUUGCCUCAGGGUUGAAAGGUAACAGUGCAUUGUUUAGGCACGAAGUAGCGUUCGUCUUGGGUCAACUGCAAGAAGAAUGCAGUGUCCCGUUCCUAGCGGAAAAUCUUCGUGAUACCAGCGAAAACGAAAUGGUACGCCACGAAUGCGCCGAGGCAUUGGGGGCUAUCGCUACCGAUGAAUGCACUGAAAUAUUGAACCAAUACCUACUGGACGAAAAAAGAGUUGUCAAGGAAAGCUGCGAGGUUGCGCUGGAUAUGUGCGAGUACGAAAAUAGUCCCGAGUUCCAGUAUGCUGACACGCUACAGAAGGUCUCGCACAACUGAUUCUUAUUUGAUGUGAUAUUUAACUGAACGAUGUUGAAACUGAA